UCCUGCUUAUGGAGACAAGAAUGGAAACAGAAAGAAGAGAACAGGCUGGUGUCAGGAGGAGAAGAUGCCGUGACCGCAUUAACUGUGUUGAACUCCAUGUGAUAUAUGCUCUGAACACUAAGAAUGAUGAACAUGAGGCUAAUAUACAGGCUCUGAAAGAUGCGCAUGAAGAAGAAAUUCAGCACAUUCGUGCUGAGACAAGGAAAACAAUCCUGCAGUAUAAAAGCAAAGCUGAAGAAGAAAAGUCGCUCAGAAAGCGUAUUCAGGUCCUUGAAGAUGCAGUAGACCAACACAGGAGACUCAAAGAAGAAGCCUUAGCAGAGUUAACCCUGUUCAAGAAGCAGGUGAAAGAGCUGAGAAUGGAAGUAAAACAGGCAGAGAUACUUUCCACGGACACAGGAGAUACCAAUGCAGACUUUGAAGACAGGCUUUUACAUUUAAAUCAGCAGCAUGAGGGCCUGUUAAAUGAAUGCAAAGCACUCAGGGAGAUUUUUGAUACAAAAGAGAUUUUAGAUAAAAAACACAGUGUGGAAGAACAAGCUCUAAUUAAAGAGAUGGAAAACCAGAAGAGUGAGAACCAGAGUGUCACAGAAGAGUGUACACAGAAAAGCAGCCAACUGCAAGACUCCUGUGAGAGAGAAAAAGAGACUUUACAACAAGCUAUCCAGCAAUCCAUGGCAGAACAGCAGAAGAAUUGUCAGCAAAGAGAACUGGAGCCAAGGAAGAGCUUAGAGGCUCAGGAAGUUUUUUUGUUGCAGCAGGUAAAGAAACUGGAGGUUGACCUGGAGGAAAAAACCUGGAAGGUAAAUGAGAGGAAGAAACAUUCCCAGAAGAUGAAAGAGAGAAUACAGGUGGCUCAGCUGAAGCAAAUGUUAGAACAACAAGCAAGUAAUUUCAAAGAGUCACUGAAGAAACAGAACCUGCAGGCCAUCAAAGAAAAGGAGAAACUUCUGCAGGAUCUUCAAAACACCAUUAAAGAAAACCAGAAUGUUAAGCUGCAGCUGGAGGCAUCACAUCAAAAGAUCUUAAAAAUGUUAGAGAAAAGCAAAAAUCGGGAACUCAAGGUUUGCUUACAGGAGGCAGAAGAGCGUUUGAAAAGGGAAUUCAAUGAGUCUUUCAAGACCCAACAUCACUCUCAUAAGCUGGAAAUAGAAACCUUGGAGGAGAGAGCCAAAAAGGAAUUACAUGAUGAACUGGAGGAGAUACAGAAAGAGCAAACUCUCUUGCUAGGAUCGGUGCGGCUGGAGCUCUCUGAGCAGCAGGCGCUGUGCACGAGCCUCAGAAAGCAAAUAGCAGAACUGCAGGAGGAGCUGCACCGAGUGAGGACGCUGAGGAAGCACCAGGAAGGAAGUAGCCAGAGCCAGCUCAGAUCCCUUCAUGAUGAACUGGAAAAAAGCCAGCAUGAAGUUUCAGGUCUCAAGAAAGAGAAUUUACUUCUGAAGGACACAAUGGAACUACUGAGUGCAGAGCUGGGGUCACAGAAGCAAGAAGCUGCACAGCUUCAGGACAGGGAGAAACAGCACAGAAGGCUACUGAUAGAAGACCUCCAAGUCAAGCAUAGUAAAGAACUCGACGCACUGAAACAGGAUCACCAGAAGGAGAUGGAAAAUGUGUUGUGUGAUUUCAGCAGCACUCAGGCACAUCUUCAAGCAAAAAUUUUCUCCUUAGAGACUGAGCUGAAAGAAUUAGAAGAAAAGUCAAGAAAGCAGGAGGCCAGGGCAGAAGAUAAACAUCUUGUAAGCUGCCUGCAAGAUAAAAUAAGGGAGAGAGAAGAGAUUAUCAAGCAGCUUGUGGAAGGAAGGAAGUUCCAGCAUUCACUUUUGGCUAACACCGAAUCCUACAGGAGUCGAUCCUUUUCUUUCAACCCUAGCCUGGGAUGUUUGACUCCUUCCAUGAAGCAGAAGAAAGUGGACGAGGGGCCCAGCCGUGUCAUCAGCGUUCCGAACUUGGCCUCCUACGCAAAGAGCUUCCUGAGCUGUGACCUGAGGCCAAGAAGAAGCGCUUCCCAGGUGCCCAAGUCAACCAGCCUGGAGCAGAGCUCCCCGGCGAGCAGAGCUCCCCGGCGAGCAGAGCUGCCACCAGGGCACACGACAGUGAAGUGCUGCAGAACAAAGGUGACCAAAACCGAAGCCGUCAGUCUCAGGAAUGGUUUGCAAAAUACUUUUCCUUCUAAAGCAAAGUGUCUCCAUACAACUCAGAAUUACUAGGAAAGAAGUUCCCAUUUUCUCUUGGGAAAUGAUAGUGCAAUAUGUGAAAAAGCAUAUAUUUAUAUAAUUUCCAAAUCCAUUAUUAGGAAUGACUGCACUUUCUUAUAUCUCAUUACGGGCAUGGAUUUUGGAAAAAUAAUUUUUUAUCUUUUUUUUGGUUAAAAAAAAUGAAGUGCAAAAUUGCAGAUACUGCUCUGUAAAAGACUUUCUACUCAAGAGAGCAUGUCCCGCCACAAUUACGUGAAAUCUGUGAUUUCUUCUCACAUGCCUCCUUUCAGUCUGGCCCCAGCUGAAGGAACUCCUCACCUCUGUAGGUGAUUUCUCUAAGGUUACAUGUUUGUUUCAUUGUUGUGUAAAAUCAUUUCAGCUUAUGUAAGUUUAUAAGCUUGAAUAGUUGUUAAGCUACCUUUAUGCUAUAAAGCAUGUGAUAUACCUCCAAGAAGAGCAUGUUUAUAGCAGGUUGUUUAAUUAGUUCUUGAUUGAUGAACUGAUUUCUCAUUUUGUUCUUACUACAAAAUAAAACUACGGCUGCGCUCCAACAUGUGUAAAAUUUAACCUGAUAGAUCAGGGUAAUAUGUAAAUAUUAAAACUUGCUUAUAAACCA